CGAGGCGUCGAGGGACCACCUCAAGUCAAUAUUGGGAUUUUUAAUAAACCAAGGAAUGCGAUUUUAAUUAUUCACAGUCCAACUCCUGGGGGCCAGAUGCUGUUGGGAUGGUCCUGGCCACACAAUAAUACUAAAGGGGACAAGAAAAGCGUCCAUCCGAGACAUCCAUUACCAUUACGAAUGAACCCGACUUGCUAGCACUGGGGCAUCGAUUGCUGGUGCCCAACCGGACCUUCCUCCCUCCUUCCCGCUGCCCCCACCCCUCCCACCCGAGGCAGGCUCCCCCGUGGCGGCCGGGACCUCGCGCGUCCCCGCAUCGUGGCCUGGGCUGCAUUUUUCAUGAGCCUGGGGUGAACAGGUGCGAAGUGGUCCGGGAGCCUCGGGCCGGCGGCCGGGCGCAGGGAACAUGGAGAACGAGCGCGACAUGUACCGCCAGUUCCAGGACUGGUGCCUUAGGACUUACGGGGACUCUGGCAAGACCAAGACGGUGACCCGUAAAAAAUACGAGCGGAUCGUCCAGCUCCUCAACGGCUCCGAGUCAAGCUCCACGGAUAACGCCAAAUUUAAAUUCUGGGUCAAAUCGAAGGGCUUCCAGCUGGGCCAGCCGGACGAGGUCCGCGGGGGAGGGGGCUGCGCCAAGCAAGUGCUCUACGUGCCGGUCAAGACCACGGAUGGCGUAGGGGUAGACGAGAAGCUAUCUUUAAGGAGGGUAGCUGUGGUUGAAGAUUUCUUUGACAUUAUCUAUUCGAUGCACGUGGAAACAGGGCCAAAUGGAGAACAGAUUCGCAAACAUGCUGGACAGAAGAGAACUUACAAAGCAAUUUCAGAGAGCUAUGCCUUCCUACCAAGAGAAGCGGUGACACGGUUUCUAAUGAGCUGCUCAGAGUGCCAGAAAAGAAUGCAUUUAAACCCAGAUGGAACAGACCAUAAAGACAAUGGGAAACCUCCUACGCUGGUGACCAGCAUGAUUGAUUAUAACAUGCCCAUCACCAUGGCCUACAUGAAGCACAUGAAGCUGCAGCUGCUAAACUCACAGCAAGAUGAGGAUGAAAGCUCAAUAGAAAGUGAUGAAUUUGACAUGAGUGACUCAACACGGAUGUCGGCUGUGAACUCUGAUCUUAGCUCUAAUCUUGAGGAGAGAAUGCAGAGUCCUCAGACACUUCAUGGCCAGCAAGACGAUGAUUCUGCUGCAGAGAGCUUUAAUGGCAAUGAGACCCUGGGGCACAGUUCAGUUGCUUCAGGGGGAACGCAGGGCAGGGAGAUGGGAGACUCCAACAGCGAUGGCAAAGCUGCGCUGGAACAGGACGAGCAGCCACUGAACUUGAGUGAUAGUCCCUUGUCUGCACAGCUGACUUCAGAAUACAGAAUAGAUGACCACAGCAGCAAUGGAAAAAACAAAUACAAGAAUCUUCUAAUUUCUGACCUCAAGAUGGAACGAGAGGCGAGAGAAAAUGGAAGCAAGUCUCCUGCACAUAGUUACUCGAGCUAUGAGUCUGGCAAAAACGAGAGUGUUGACAGAGGUGCAGAGGACCUGUCACUCAACAGAGGGGAUGAGGAUGAAGAUGACCACGAUGAUCACGACGAUGCUGAGAAAGUGAACGAGACAGAUGGCGUGGAAGCAGAGCGGCUGAAAGCUUUCAAUAUGUUUGUCAGGCUGUUUGUAGAUGAAAACUUGGACCGAAUGGUCCCAAUCUCUAAGCAGCCCAAAGAAAAGAUCCAAGCUAUCAUUGACUCAUGCAGGCGACAAUUCCCUGAGUACCAAGAGCGUGCCAGAAAACGUAUACGUACUUACCUCAAGUCCUGCAGGCGGAUGAAAAGAAGUGGUUUUGAGAUGUCUCGACCUAUUCCUUCCCACCUUACUUCAGCAGUUGCCGAGAGUAUCUUGGCUUCGGCCUGCGAGAGCGAGAGCAGAAAUGCUGCCAAGAGGAUGCGCCUGGAUAAACAGCAGGAUGAACCUGCACCUGCUGACAAACAGUGUAAGUCAGAGACUACGCAAGCUGCUUAUUCGACUUCAACUGUUCCAGGCUCACAGGAAGUGUUGUACAUCAAUGGAAAUGGGACCUACAGUUACCAUAGUUACAGAGGGCUCGGGGGAGGACUGAUGAACCUGAAUGAUGCUUCCAGUAGUGGACCCACUGAUCUCAGCAUGAAGAGGCAGUUGGCGACAAGCUCAGGAUCCUCCAGCAGUUCCAGCUCCAGACCUCAGCUGAGUCCGACCGAAAUCAAUGCUGUGAGACAGCUGGUUGCAGGAUAUCGAGAAUCGGCUGCAUUUUUAUUGCGUUCUGCAGACGAACUGGAAAAUCUCAUUUUACAACAGAACUGAGUCAAGUGAUGACCGUAUUCACUGAGUUCUAAAUUUGCAGUUUCCACUAAUGACAUUUUGAUUUCCCAGCAGAGAUAUUUCUGGUCUUGCUGCACAAUCUUUUAAGAGAAAUACUUCCAAAAUGCCAUAUUGUCCUUGGUCCAUAAAGUGAUGUGUUAAGGUGCUUCAAAGGAACUCUGGCCUCUGAAGUACUUGAGAUAUUUAAAUGUCUCCAGCCUAUUGCUUUUCAUUUUAAUGUAUCCAGCAUAAAUAUCAUGGGCAACACAGGCUACAUUUCUUAAUUCAAGGAUAAAACAGAAGAGAAACUUGUGGUGUAAAAAAAAAGUUC